UAUCAGUGCCGCAACAAGAGGUCAUUGCAAGCAAAGAAGAUACACACGCCAGGCGGACAAGCGGACUCUGCUAGAAAUACCAGGUCCUGAUAGCAAUUAUCAGAAUGGUCGCGAAGAAAAGUAAAAGCGUCGCCCUGGAUAGCCGUGAUCUGAAUCCACUCUUUUCAUUGAUGAAAGGUUACGGUCCGCUAAUGGCCCUCGGAAUAAUUGCAGUGUUGUCUGUCUGUGCGGCGUUCUUCAUUUACCGAUCCACACAGGCUCAAAGUAAAAGAAACGGCGAGAAACCAGUGACCGAGACUGAGGAGGAAGAGGAGACUAAUCCGAUUCCGAAGAAGAGGAGAGUAGAAAAUAAGCACGUCAAGUUCGAGUCAACAGGGAAUAUGGAUGAUGCUCAGUUCUCAUCUAGACUUCACAGUGAGGACCAGGAUGAAGGGAAUGAACUCUCAUGCACAGACCAGUCAUCGGAGUGCUGUGAGAAAGCACAGGGACCUCUCCAAGAGUCGGUCACUGACCACACAUCAGUUCACAAUGGGUCCUGUGCCUCUCCGACCAGCUGUGAUAGUUUCCUUGACCAGCCUGAAGUGGAUGAUGGCUGGAUGGAUGAUGCUGCAGAGCAGGGAAGAAUGCAAGUAGGAUCUGAUGAGGAUUUGAUUGUUGACCAGGAAAAUCAGCAGGGCUAUAUUACAGAUGGCCAAAUGCAUCCUAUUGUCAGUGAAUCAUGGGAAGAUUUGUCAGGAUGUUUUGGGAAAGUCUGCCUCAAAAUGAGCCUGAGUGAUUUGCAUGAGAAGGACAUGAGCGAUAAUUCACCUGCUCAGAAUAGGUCCUGUGGGGUUGACAGUGCGUAUGAGGAUGGAGAGUCAGAGGCAGAGAAGAGUUGCGGGACUCGAGGUCAGAGUAGUAGCUCUUCAAACACCGACAAUGAUUUUGCAUAUUACCAGCAAGGUGAUCAAGACGGUCCCACUGAACAUUCAGUGAGGGCUGACAUUUUGGAAGGCAAAAGAGAAAUUGAAGAUGUGACCUGGGGAAUGCAAGCAGUGGAUGUAACCAGCAAGGGCCCAGUGGACAUGAGCAUCCACCACCGUGAGCAGGAAAUGCCACUGGCCCACCAUUACACACACGACUACCUGAGCUUCUCCCCCAUGGGUCUCCCCAGGCUGGUCGGAGAACCGACGGCGAUGAAGAGUGCUGGUGUGAGCCCCGUGGUGAAGACCCAGACUCCGGGUGCCAGUGGAGAUGUUCCAGCGGAGGACAAGACGGAGAUCAACAUCAUGGAGGCCACCAUGGACAACAACGAGUGGCUGACCGGCAACGAGAGCCGCAGCGACUGCCCUUGGCUGAGUCUGAGCGACGGCGGCGAGAGCUCCUCUAUGGCGGAGGAAUCUCAGCAGGACGUCGAGUGGGACACCGAGAAAUCCGAGGCCUCCGAAGAGCUUUCGGCCGCCUACACCUCCUCCGAUGACGACGACCCUGCGCUGAGGCGAGUCGCGACCGUUCCACCCAUGCUUCAGAUGGUCAGCGUCACGUUCUCCGUCCACUACAUCACUGACGCACCCAACCAGCUGCUUGCGGUCACUGGGAACCCACAGGAGCUUGGCGGCUGGCAGGACUUUGUUCCGCUUGAGAGAAGCAAGAACGGGUUCUGGGCCAAUACCAUCACCCUCCCAGUGGAGAGCCAGGUGGAGUGGAAAUUUGUCCUGGUUGAGGAUGACAAGAUCUGUCGCUGGGAGGAGUGCGGUAACCGCCACCUAGUGCUCACUGGGCAAGAAGAUAAUCUCCAUGUGCAGAGAUGGUGGGGUUGCCUCUGAGGAGGGUGCCUGUCCUGCAAUAUGAAGAAAACAAAAAUACAAUAUAUAUAUAUAGCAAUAAUGUUAUCUGGCAAUAUUAAUGUAAAGUGCAAUAUUUAUAGUGGAAUAUUUGAAGGAAGUUGUCAUUUUGUGUUCAAAUGCUAGUUAAUGCAGCAUGAGGAUGAGGCAUCAUGGAAAAGCCUCGUCAUUCAGAGGUCACUGGCACCAAAAGUGUUUAUUUUGCACUGAACAAUAGCAAUAUUUUCUUCAUGCUGCUUGUUUGUCUUUAAAAACCUAUGAAUGUAAUGGCAAUGUUGACUUUCUUUUUUUCUUUUUGAAUUCUCUAAACGGCAAGUCUUUAUCCAAGGUACACUAAUAACUUUAAGUGGUCUUGUGUAUUUGUCUGUUACUGUGUAUGCUACUGAUUUAAUCUGAUAAUUAUUAACUUCAGUGGAAUGUCUGUCUGGAAAUUGUUUUUCAAUAUGGUUUAAUUGUCUCUGUCCAAGAAUAUAUGCAACAUUCCACAUUUAACCUUUUAGAUUCACUUUAAAGCAGUCGUUUUGAAGUCCCCUAUAUCCCUAGUAUAUAUCUACUGCAGUAAAUCCUUAUUUUACAGAACUGUUAAUGCUGAGAGCUGAUAUGCCUUCUCCCAGCGGAUCCUUGAUGCCUUUAAUUCUACAGCAAUAUGUAUAGGUCAGUGUUACAUGUUUUACGUGUGUUUUUAUUGUCAAGACUUGCAUUGAUUUUUUUUUUUUUUAACCUGUUCAGUUUUGAUAAUGUUCCACUGUCAGUUCUAGGUGGGGGCAACACUGAGCACAGUCCAAAAAUAAGCAUAUUGACUUUUCUUUUUAAAACUUUGUUCCAAAAAGCGUUCUAUUUGCACUCUAAGCAUUCACUGAUGUCACAUUUUGUUUGUCUGCCCUGAUGGUUUAUUGACUUUUGUAUUUCAAACGUGUACCCAUAACGGUCCAUGAAGAGAAUGUGUUGUGUGAAGUACAAAAAAAGAGAAUAUUUUGAUAGUAUCUAUGUAUGUUGUAAUUUUAUCAUGUCGAACUUGAUCAUAUUAACUUGUAUUGGGGAAAAAAAUAAUAAAGAAUUUCCUUCACUUA